UCGGCCUAUAAUCAGUCCCUUUUGGUUCCGCUUAACGGUGAAGGUGCAACAGUAAUCGGUCGUCCCGAAGCUGGGUUCAUCCGACACCCUCACCACUCAAAUUGAAGUCAGCUCAACCUUCACAGCAGCAACAUGCCUCCUAAAUUCGAUCCCAACGAGAUUAAAGUUGUCUAUAUGAGAUGCACAGGAGGAGAAGUUGGUGCCACCUCAGCCCUGGCCCCCAAAAUUGGACCUCUUGGUCUGUCUCCCAAGAAAGUUGGUGAUGACAUCGCCAAGGCCACCGGUGAUUGGAAGGGCCUGCGGAUCACUGUGAAGCUGACCAUCCAGAACAGACAGGCAGCAAUUGAAGUGGUUCCCUCUGCAUCUGCUCUCAUCAUCAAGGCUCUGAAGGAGCCUCCUCGUGACAGGAAGAAGGUCAAGAACAUUAAGCACAGCGGAAGUGUGACUUUUGAUGAGAUUGUGAGCAUUGCUCGCGUCAUGAGGCCUCGGUCCAUCGCCAGGGAGCUUUCUGGUACAAUCAAGGAGAUCCUGGGCACCGCGCAGUCUGUUGGAUGCACCAUUGAUGGUCGUCCUCCACAUGAUGUCAUUGAUGACAUCAACAGUGGCAAAGUUGAAUGCCCAUCUGAGUAAAUGAAAGAUGCAAAUAAAGUUUUUACUCACAUCGAG